AUGGCGGAGGAGCAGCCCAACCCCAACCCCCAGCCGCAGCAAGCGGAGGAGAGGGAGGUUGUUGUGGAGCAGCAGCCGAGGAGGGCCCCGAAGCUGAGGUACCUAGACUUCGUCCAGGUGGCGGCGGCGCAGGCCUCGGUGUACCUCGCGGGGCUCUACGGCCUCGCCAAGGACCACGCCGGCCCGCUCCGCCCCGGCGUCGACGCCGUCGAGUCCACCGUCAAGGGUGUCGUCGGCCCCGUCUACGCCCGCUUCGGCGGCCUGCCCCUCGACGUCCUCGCCUUCGUCGAUCGCAAGGUGGACGACACGGUGCACGAGGUGGACAAGCACCUACCGGGCGCGCUGAAGGCUGCGUCGGCGCGUGCGUACGCGGUGGCGCGGGGCGUGCCGGAGGUGGCGCGCGAGCUUGCCGCGGAGGCGCAGCAGUCGGGCGUGAAGGGCGCGGCCCGCGCGGCGCUCGCCAAGGCGGAGCCCGUGGCGCGGGACGUGUACGGCCGCGUGGAGCCCGUGGCGAGGGACCUGUACGUGCGGUACGAGCCCGCGGCGGAGCACCUGGCCGUCUCCGCCUGGCGCUCGCUCAACGGCCUGCCGGUGUUCCCGCACGUCGCGCAGAUCAUCGUCCCCACCGCCGCGCACUGGGCCCAGAAGUACAACAGGGCGGUCGUCGCCGCGGCCGAGCGGGGCUACGCCGGGGCCAAGUACCUCCCUGCCAUCCCCACCGAGCGCAUCGCCAAGGUGUUCUCGUCGUCGCCGGAGGCAGAGCCGCUGGCCGAGUCCCAGUAG